UAUAAAAUGUAAUCAAUGAUAUAGUUUUAGUUUUAUUUUAGUUUAGGAAAGUGUAGUGAAAGUCUGGUGAUUGUAUUGUUUUGUUUGUAAUUUCCGAUAAUUUAGUGAUCCAUUGUCGUACAAAAAUAAGUCUAAGUUUUAUUACCAAUGGGAGUUAAAUAAUUCAAACUGCCGGUGCAUAUGAAUAGCGCCAGAAAACGUGAUUCAUAAUUUGAGAUAUUAGUUGUAGUCGCGCGAAUGCGAUCAUGACUGACACUAGACGAAGGGUGAAGCUGUAUGCUCUAAACGCUGACCGGCAGUGGGACGAUAGAGGGACAGGUCAUGUAUCCUCAUGUUAUGUUGAGAGGCUAAAAGGUACCUCUUUAUUGGUGAGAGCAGAAUCAGAUGGAACAUUAUUAUUAGAAAGUAAGAUACAACCAGAUACAGCGUAUCAAAAACAGCAAGAUACUUUAAUAGUAUGGUCAGAAGGUGACAACUUUGAUUUAGCUUUAAGUUUUCAAGAGAAAGCUGGAUGUGAUGAAAUAUGGGAGAAAAUUUGUCAGGUACAAGGCAAAGAUCCUUCAGUUGAAAUAACACAAGAUAUAGUAGAAGAAUCUGAAGAUGAGAGGUAUGAUGAAAUGUCUGAUAGUGUACAACCAGUAGAAUUACCAGCCUGUGAAAUGGGUCGCUUGGAAGAUAUCAGUGAAUUGGUAAACAGUUGUUUGGUCUCACCAACAAGAAAGGACAAGCUAGCAGCAGCUUUAGAGAGCCAACAUUAUAUUAAAAAACUUCUCAACCUCUUUCAAAUGUGUGAAGAUACAGAGAAUAUUGAAGGCUUGCACCAUCUCUAUGAGAUCUUCAAAAGUAUUUUUAUUCUCAAUAAAAACACACUGUUUGAAACCAUGUUUGCAGAUGACACAAUAUUUGAUGUUGUUGGAUGUCUCGAGUAUGAUCCCAGUUUACCCCAGCCUAAGAAACAUAGAGAAUAUUUAAGAGAGCUUGCUAAAUUUCGAGAAGCCAUUCCCAUUAAAAAUAAGGAUUUACUAGCUAAAAUACAUCAAACUUACAGAGUGCAGUACAUACAAGAUAUUGUCUUACCGACUCCAUCAGUUUAUGAAGAUAAUCUGUUAAGCACAUUGUCCAGUUUUAUAUUUUUUAAUAAAGUAGAAAUAGUGAAGCUAAUAGAAGAAGAUGAGAGGUUUUUAACAGAUUUAUUUAAGUUACUUAUGGACAGUAAGACACCAGAUGUCAAAAGGCGAGAUUUAGUUUUAUUCUUAAAGGAAUUUUGUAAUUUUUCUCAAAAUCUUCAGCCCCAAGAUAAGGAUGCCUUCUAUAAGACACUUGUGUCAUUGGGGAUCCUUCCUGCUCUAGAAAUAACACUAAGUAUAGAUGAUCAGAAGACGAAGACUGCAUCUAUAGAUAUUUUGACAUAUAUAGUUGAGUUUUCACCUUCAGUAGUGCGGGAUUACACGUUACAACAAGCUAACAACACUGAAGAGGAACAAAUGCUUUUAAACAUUGUGAUAGAACAAAUGCUUCGAGAUAGAGAUCCUGAGUUGGGAGGGGCUGUCCAACUUAUGGGUGUUCUACGUAUACUUCUCGAUCCCGAGAGUAUGCUAGCAUCUGUGAAUAAAAGUGAAAAGGCGGACUUCUUAAAUUUUUUCUAUAAGCACAGUGUACAAACAUUAAUAGCACCCCUACUAGACAACACAACAGGUGAGACACCUCUAAAAGAAGAUUACCACACAGUGCAGUUACUCGGUUUAGUGCUUGAACUACUUUCAUUCUGUGUUGAACAUCAUACAUACCACAUCAAGACCUGUAUAUUAAAUAAAGAUCUGCUCCGUCGUAUUUUGGUACUGAUGAGAUCGACGCACACGUUUCUUGUCCUCGGCGCCCUGCGGUUUAUGAGGAAAAUUAUCGCGUUGAAGGACGAAUAUUAUAAUCGUUAUAUUAUAAAGGGAAAUCUCUUUGCACCAGUGAUAGAUGCGUUCCUUAGGAAUAAUGGAAGGUAUAAUUUAUUAGACUCGGCUAUAUUAGAAUUAUUUGAGUUUAUCAAACUUGAGGACAUAAAGUCGUUAUGUUCGCACGUCGUAGAGAACUACGGCAAGAUAUUAGAGGAUGUGGAGUACGUACAAACGUUCAAGGCGUUGAGGACGCGCUACGACCAGCAUCAGGACAAGCUCAAGGAGAGAGAUAGAGUGAGUGGUAGCGUUGGAGUAUCAGAAGCGGUGGUUCCAUCUCUCCUCCGAUCUCGGUACCGACGCGAAGCGCGGCAGCCUGAUGACGAAGAGGAGAUGUGGUUCAAUGAUGAGGAUGAGCUAGAAGAUGAAGCGCCUCUCGAUACAGCGCAGACGCAUGCGCAUCACGCGUUGGAUGCCAUCGGCAAGAUCGUGGAGAAGAAAGUGUCCCCGACUGCAGAGGUCGCGAACGGCCCAAGUCGGGUGCUGAGUGCGUCCCCGAAGCCGCAAACCGACGUACAGGUAUCGCCCACAUUACUCAGUAAGGGUUUGGUCGAUUACGACGGGGAUUCCGAUGAAGAGGAGGAAAGCGGGACGAGCGGUACGAGUGGAACGAGUGGGACAAACGAGGAGCGGGACGCGAAACGGCCGAGACUCGCGUAGUCUUCAGAUUCCAGUUGUCCCCUAAAGUCUCGCCUGGAGAAAGUAUGAUGUUCCCGGAUUCCCAAUUUCAAGGAAUAUAUUCCCCCGUCUCGCUCCCCUGUGCGUACGUAAGGCCCUUUUGUUAAAAGGGAUGAAGCCAAGUUCACGGUCAAUGGUCCGUUAUUUCUUAAACGUCGAUUUACUGAUAAAUAACGAAUCGUUACAUGUCGAAACGCCACUAACGGACCGUUUUCCGGUAAGCUGAACUUAGCUAGUGCAUAAAAGUCAAUCAAAUUUAAGAGCCGCUUAGGUUGUUAUGUUUGAGUGGCUCGAGUUGAAAAAUGUAAUUGAGCGCGACCUUUUAUUUGCGCUUGAUUAUAUUCGCUGAUUCGUGUGAUUGCGUAAUGGUCAGUUGACAUAUAUUUUCUAAAUAGCCAAAAAAUCAAAUUUUUUGUUAGAACGUGUAAUAUUUGCCUUCCAUAUUUUAGCCUAAUUUUAGUUUAUUAUCUAUGGUAUUUGUGCAUAUUUGGACUAUAAAUACAUAAUGUAAAAAUAGAAAGGCACUGCUAUAUUUGUAUUAAUCUGAGGUGCGACCAUAAUGCAAAUUAAUGUAACAUUAGUGUUUAAUCUGUUGAAGUAUACAAAAUUAUUUAUAUUAUCUAUAGUCCACAUACCGCAUGGCAACCCUGGACACUUUAAAUAUUUUUUUUUAAUAUUAGAGAAAACUGGCCAUUACUAAUCUCCCGUUUGCGAGCGAUAUAAUUAUUAUAAUAUCACUGAAAUUCAAGUAAUGUACAGACGAGUUUUGUCCUCGCCAAUUAUUUAAUGAAUUAAAAUUAUCUAUUACGCGGCCGACAUUGAAUGAUUUUUAAUCUGAUUUUAUUCCUGAUGGUACAGCCAUAUUUUUUUUGAUACAAAUGUAUAUAUAAAAGCGCAUACGCACUCACGUUUCGGCCGCUAAUAUUUAUUAAAUUAAUGGGGGGUUAUUCUGUAAUUUUGUUACGAUUGAUGUUUUAGGCCAAAAAUUCACACGAACAAUGAUCGUAUGAGUCGUAUCUCGAUACAAAAUGACCCAGUAUUUAUGCUUUUUAUUAUAAUAUAUAAUGUAAAUACGUAUGGCACUCAAGUGUCGCAUUAUCAUUAGUUGAACGUCGUAGUGUAUAAACCGGAAGGUAUCACAACGCAGAACAAAAUAUCGGUUAUGGUAUGUCAAAAACGGCCGAUGCGUACGCAUUUACGUACGUGUACGUCAAACACGACGUCCACGUACGUGUACGUCAAACGCGACGUCCACGUACGUAUACGUCAAACGCGACGUCCACGUACGUAUACGUCAAACGCGACGUCCACGCACGUAUACGUCAAACGCGACGUCCACGCACGUGUACGUCAAACGCGACGUCCGCGCACGUGUACGUCGAACGCUUAAUCAAUAAUUUUAUACAAAUUUUCUUAAAGAAAAUAAUUUUCGGAGCUCGCUCAGCCCGACGUAUACGUGUGCGCACGCAUGGGCUGUGCGUUUAUGUCGCAUUUCCAUAUUAAGGGAACGGAUUGUUUGUCACAAACUCUCACUAACGAUUCGGUGUUCGUGAAUGAUGGAAAUGGAGCAUAGAUGCUUUUGAACAGUAGGUCACCAUUCGGAUUGAUUGUAAUCAAAUAAAGUACAAAGAAAAUGUGAAUGGGAUUUAUUAUAUUACUUUUAGUAAAGGACACGACGAAUGCGGAAUGUGUGUGUGUGUGUUGAAAGGAUACACUAAACGACCAAGAAUAGAUUAUUUUUAUUGGAAUUGCAUCUGUAGCUAAGAAAAAAAAAACUGUCGGCAAAUUACUGCUAGUUACACAAGUUAAAACGCGUUCAGUCUUCUUCCUCUUGAACCUCCUCAAGCUGUCUUAAAUCCUCUCUUAUCGAUACCUUCGUUAAUGAACGAUGCAUGAGAUUUUCAUAGACAAGUGUUACUCCAUCAGCUUGACAAAUUAUUAAGUACUGUAAUGUCUCCGUUGGAUGUUAGUAAGUGUUGGGUAUAAUAGUAUGGAGAACUUGAGUCGUAUUUGGAACUAAAGGGAACAAACCGUUGGUCACAUAUGACCGUCUUCUCCCGUUCCGUUCUCAAUUCACAACCUCCACAUGGCGAUUUUGAAACUAUAUUGUAAAAGGCCAUAGUCUAUGGAAUAUAGAUUCGGUAAAACUGUCAAAUCUGACAACGCCCUAACGUACGUAACUAACGUGCUCGUCGUAAAUCUUUUACAUUCGCUCUUAAUGCUUUGUCAAACUCCUCAAUGCAACUACGAACCUGGUAGUACUGGUAGUACAGUACAAAUUGGAAUAAAAAAAAAAAUUGCAUACCAUCAGUGGCUGAUGCAUCGUUUAAAGAUAACCUUUAAGUUUCAACGUAAGGUCCUUUAAAAAUUUCGAGUUUCAUCUGUUUUGACCGAACGCUUGUGUAAUUUAACACACUUGCGUAAUGUUUGACAAUAUUCAUAAAUAUGUAUGAGUUUGCGAUUUUGCAUUUUAAAUUUUGACACGAUACUCCAAUACGAUUCACAAAAAUGGGGGGGGGGGGGCAACCACGCCAUCGCUUCGCCUUGCAUUCUCGUGCCCGCGCAUUGCCAUCUGAUGGUAAGGAGGUUACAAUCGGUUAACUGGUUUUCAGUUCAAAUAGUGAGAAGUGAUAUAAGCUUUUGGAAUAUGGAUCGAGAAUGAACGAAUGACAUAUUAUAUAGAGAAUUUUAAGAUUUUAUUUGAUUGACUCGGUCCAUUCUCAAUCAAAAAUUUUACCAGAGCCACGCAAAGGGCCGGUGUUGAUUGCCUAAAGUUUGUUGGGAUUUUCUAAAACUUUACCUCGCCACUCACAAUAGACGAACGGGCGCAUCGUUUGACAUUAAGGAAUUAUUUAAAAUAAUUUAUCAAAUUGAAAACGUAAGCGCGGCUCUGUGAAUAUUUUUGUUUUAACCAAUAUAGAUUUAAUUUUUUGUACUGUAUCGUUAAUGAAUAAAAUGCAAUUACAAAAACACGUAAUUGUAAUUUUUUUAGUCCUCCAUCGACAUUUCGAAAAUGACGCUUGCGGUCUCCGACACCAAUAAGACAUGGUUUAGGCGUAGGAGACCCCGACUGUAAUUUAACCUACAUUGUCUUAAACGUGAAACUUUUCUCAAAGUUACCUUUGCAGCCAUUAGUUUAAUGUCUCAACAGUCCAAAACAUAUCAGUUUAAACUUAUAAAUUUGAUCUCAAAAAUCAAUCAUUUUUUAACUCGUGCACAGCGAAGGCGAGACAAAAUUUUACGAGCGUGGAAUGAAUUGUCAGAAAUUUGUAAAUAUUUUGUGUACUUUAUUUGUCCCGUGAAUAAUGUCCAGUUUCCAUAUCACCUUACUGGUAACGCACGGUUAUCGGUGAUGUGUUUAUCGAGCGGCAUCAUCCAACUGUCAAUUAAAUUUGAUUUUUUUUUAUAUUCCUUGAAAUGACUUCCGUUGGUUAAAUUUCUAGAUAAAAGUAGACUGUAACAAUAACUAUUUUUUAUCUGUCUAGGUGGUUGACCAUCGUAAACUAAUUUAUACACAGAAUUAAAUUUAUAAUAGAUUUAACUAUUGGCGAGUUGUGUAAAAUAAAUAAGCUUAUAAUAAUGCUAUCAUUAUGUCACUAGUUACGUAAGCAAUAUAAAUAUAAGAAUUACGAUACA